AAGUUUCUGAUCGGUUUAAUGGGAGGAGGAGGAGGAGGCAUGGAGGAGUUGACGGAAGAUGAGAAGAGAGCUCUCAGAGGAAGCAAAUUCGCACCGCUUACUUCUCUUCCUUCCUCUUCUCGCUCUCAGCUGCCCAGGUGGACCAAUGAAGACGAACAAAGCGGCGGCUUUAGCCAAGUUUCUAGAAAGGAAGCUGCAAGAUCCUAAUGUGUUGUCUUCCAUUGAUCCUGAUCUUAUCGAGUUGGCUGUCAAAAACUCCAGACACAUUAUUUCGAGUAGGACUUCAAGUUCAGGAAGAAGAAUCCAACACGUUGUCUCCUUUGUAGACGUUGAGGUGUCUUCUGAUGACGAUAAGAUAGAGAACACUAAGCUAAGCAAAAAGAAAAAGAAGAAAAAGAAGAAGAAAAACAAAAAGCACAAGGUUAUCUCCCUCGCACCCUUUGUCCUUACCUCAUCUUUCGGCUUGCUUUUCGUUCUCCCCACACAAUUUUUAUAAAGUCUGUUGCUUUCUGGAUUCCGUCACUCAUAUCUGUGUGGGGUAAACUUUUAUGAAAGGAGCAGAUCACAGUCGAUGAAGAUGCCAAGUUGAAGAGACCCAACAAGAAGUUGAAGCUUUAGUGCCCCUUUUUGGGCUAUAUAUUACUGGUCAUAUAUUUGAUAAAGUUUAGACUGGAGCUAUUUGUGAGUUGAAUUCAAAUAGCUUCGUGAAUCUGAAAUUUGUAUUUUGGUUGAAGUUGAAUUGAUUUUGUUUUUAGCCUCUUA